AUGAAAACAUGUCGUGCCAAUGCAAGUUCGCUUGUUUACAAUAGCCAAGUUCUUGUCACAGGUGGUAACUCAGGUGACUCGGACCUGAGUAGCAUUGAACAGUUUAGUCGCAAUGCCAAUCCGUUUGUUCCACCUUGCUGGUCCAAUCUCGAAGUCAAUUUGCCCAGGCCGUUAAGAGGACAUUACAGUAUACUGUACAAUGACCGACUAAUUGUCCUCGGCAGCAACGGCGAUGAUAAAGAUCAUUCGUACUUGGUUUACGAAAUCCAACUACAUUUUCCUUUCACUACAAAGAUCUUGGCUAAUUUGCCUUCUUCAACACCCAUCAACGGUUGUGGUGUUGUCCUGGUGAAUGAAAAAAUUUUGAUUUUUGGAGGUUGUGCCAGAGAAAUACCUGAUCCAGCUACAUCUACUAACAUAAUCUGUCCAGGUACUGCCAAUGUUACCAUGUAUGACAUAACGAAGAACGAGUUUAAGAAACUUGCACCAUUGCCCUACGAGGUGUGCAACAUGGCAACUGUCAAAUUUGGAGAACAUGUGGUUCUUGCAGGGGGUUCAAAUAAUUUUUUCCUUGGAAACAUAAAGAACACAGUUGUCAAUUAUGAUAUCGAAACACAAAAGAGCACCAUGUUACCACCAAUGAAGCAGAAGCGAUCAGAAUGUUGUGCAGUUCUUGAGGGAAACUCCUUAGUGGUGAUGGGAGGAGAAAGUCAGAAGAAUGGACUAAAAGGAGCUCCUCUAACGUCAGUGGAAGAAUUUGACAUUAGAUCUUCUAAAUGGGGAAAUCUUCCUUCAAUGAAAGAAGCAAGGAAGGCGUUUAUUGCGGAGAUUGUUUAA